AGUCUCUUUUUAAAUUUCCCUUUCGGCAGAGAUAAGUGGAUUGGACCAAUGCAAAGGUGACGGGGAAAGACAAGAGGUGGCCCUCACAUCAAAAAUGACAUGCUGCGUUUCACGGUCAUGGAAGCUGAGCGGUAUGCGUGCUUGCCUCGCGGCCAGUGUACAACAAGCGUGGUGUGUAAAGUGGAAAAUAGGGAUUGGUUCUGUUUGAACAGUGAUUAGCGUAUGGGCCCAAAGCGUGGGUCCCUGGUGGGUGCGACAGCUACGUGGUUCUCUGUUGGUCCCAGUAAGAAGUGGGGCUUUUUUUACCAGUGAGUGCAACUAUAUAAGAAGGGUGGUGGGUCUGCGUUGGGUACUUUUGCCUUUCUGAAAUUUGGGGCUGAAGUGAGGAGAGUUGAAGACAUGCCGGUGAUUGGAGUUGAGAACAUUCAAUCUGCAGGUGCACCAUCUGCAUGCACAGGAAAACAGGGCAACAUGAGCUCCGAGCCAGGAAACUGCCAGAACCACCAGGACCAUGAUCCGGACCACAGAGACGCCGGGCCGGCCAAACAGACCAUGCCCAUGCCCGUCCCUGACCUGGAAGUCCAGUACACUAAGAUAUUCAUUGAUAACGAGUGGCAUGAGUCCUGCAGCGGACGGAAGAUGCCAGUUCACAACCCUGCCACUGGAGACCUGCUGUGUGAGGUAGAGGAGGCAGACACCGAGGAUGUGGACAAGGCGGUCCAGAGUGCUAGGGCAGCCUUCCAGCUGGGGUCUCCAUGGCGAUGCAUGGACGCGUCCGACAGAGGGCUGCUGCUCAACAGGCUGGCUGACCUGGUGGAGAGGGAUCGCCUCCGACUGGCUACAUUGGAGGCUCUUGACUCAGGGAAGAUCUUCCUCAUGGCGUACUUUGUGGAUCUGAUGGCCACUGUUAAAACCCUGCGUUAUUAUGGAGGAUGGGCUGACAAGAUACAAGGCAAAACCAUUCCAGUGGAUGGAGAGUAUUUCACCUACACACGACACGAGCCCAUAGGGGUGUGUGGACAAAUCAUUCCAUGGAAUUUCCCUGUGAUGAUGUUUGCCUGGAAGAUCGCUCCAGCUCUGUGCUGUGGAAACACUGUAAUCAUCAAACCAGCUGAACAGACACCACUAACAGCCCUGCACAUGGCCUGCCUUAUCAAAGAGGCUGGUUUUCCUCCGGGCGUGGUGAACGUGCUGCCAGGAUACGGUCCAACAGCAGGCAGUGCCAUUGCUCAUCAUAUGGACAUUGACAAAAUAGCAUUCACUGGAUCAACUGCUGUAGGGAAACUCAUCCAGAAGGCUGCUGGUGACAGCAACCUGAAACGUGUCACUCUGGAGCUGGGCGGCAAGAACCCCAAUAUUGUCUUCGCAGACUGUGACUUGGAGUAUGCGGUGGAGCAGGCCCACAGUGGUCUCUUCUUCAACCAGGGCCAGUGCUGUCUGGCUGGCUCCAGGGUGUUUGUGGAGGACUCUAUCUAUGAGGAGUUUGUUUGUCGCAGCGCGGAAAAGGCCCGUAACAAGGUCCUGGGAAACCCACUGGUACCAGGAGUGGACCAGGGACCACAGAUAGAUCAGAAGCAGUUUGAUAAGAUCCUGGAGCUAAUCGAGAGUGGGAAGAAGGAAGGGGCCACACUGGAGUGUGGGGGGGGGCCCUGGGACCGGAACAGCCUCUUCAUCCAACCCACUGUCUUCUCUAAUGUCACUGACGACAUGCGUAUUGCCAAAGAAGAGAUCUUCGGACCGGUGCAGCAGAUCAUGCGUUUCCGCAGCGUGAAUGAGGUAAUUCAGAGGGCCAACGCCACCCAUUACGGCCUGGCUGCCGGAGUUUUCACCAAUGACAUCGACAAAGCCCUCACCGUGUCCUCAGCUUUACAGGCCGGCAUGGUGUGGGUGAACUGCUACAAUGCCAUGAGUACCCAAUGUCCCUUCGGAGGGUUUAAAAUGUCCGGGAAUGGGAGGGAACUAGGGGAGUAUGCCCUCCAGGAGUACACAGAGGUCAAGGCUGUAACUAUCAAAAUCUCACAGAAGAACUCCUAAGAUUUGCUGUACGGUCCCAAACAAGUAUUUCAGUAGGACUUCCACCGAAAUUCUCUAUGGACCAACUGGGAAUUCUCAGCAACGACCCACAGACUAUUGUAUGCUAUUAGACAAAACAGGGAGUCACUUUCUGUUUAAAACAGCUCUCACAGUGCUCAAGGUUGCCCAAAAUGAUCAUCACCAUUAGACGGGACAGCACUUAAUCCGAAACAAGUUUGCAUGCACAGUCGGUUAACUUUGUCAUCAAUUGGAAUCAUUGAUUUAUCAUAGAAACUGCAUCCCACUGGUUAUUGUGGUCCAAUUCGACAGAAAGACAAUGUUUUUGGUAUAAUCUAUCAUUGGUACACUGUAUGGGAUCCAUUUGAACAGGCCAGUAGUUUGAGAUCCGUUGGAAUCAUAAUUGUGUGGUUUAUAGUACAUACUGUCUUGUCGUUGUUAUUGUCAAUGGAUAGUGACUGUGUAUUUUUCUGUAAAUGUGUGUGUGUUUGCUUUUGUAAGUCUCCCAUAAGUAAGCACAUAAAACCUGAUAUAUCUGG